AUGCAAGCAAAAUAUAGGACUAAGAUUGAUGAUAAUGAAGUAUAUCUUAGUCCUAAAGAUAUUAGAGAAUUUGCUGCAGUUUUGAUGAAACAACCUGAUAGUACUGUUAGAUUUUUUUUAUCAAAUGCUAUAUUUUCAGCUAGAUCUAAAAAUUAUACAGCAAAUUCAAAACUAAAUUUGAUACUAUAUAAUAAGGAAAAUAUUGUUGAAAGAAUCAAAGAAACUCAAUUAAAACUUAAAAAAAAUUUAAAAGAAGAAAUUUUUAUUGAGGAUAUAACCACUGAUGAGAAGACAAAUACUGAUAUAUUUGAGUUUUUUAAACGUAAUCUUAAAAUGUCUAACAAAGAAUUUUGUAAAACAAAAAAAAGAAAACAUAAUGAAAUUGAAAAUAUAGAAGAUGAAGCAAAAAAUAUUAUUCUUCAAGAAGAACUUGAAAAUAAUUAUCAUAAAAUUGAACAAGAAUUAACUAGUGAAAAAUGGUUUAUAGAUUUAGUAGAAGAAAAAGCAAGAAACAAAUUGAGACAAAAGUAUCCUGAUAUUUUAUUUGAAAAUAACAGAAUUAGUAUUAAAAAAAGAAAAAAGUCUAAUAUAAAAAAAAUAGUUCUUACUGGAACUAUUGGAGCAGGAAAAACAACUUUUUCUUCGUUUAUGUCAAAAUAUUUCGAGAAAAAAGGAUUGAAAGUAUUUAUUCCAGAAGAGAUUUCUCUUAAGAUCAAAGAUGAUUUAGAUCUUUUCUGUAAAGAUAAAGAGAAAUAUGCAUUCUUUUUUCAAAAUUUGAUUAUUAAUACAUACAAAAAGAUAAUAGAAAGUAUUGACUCUGCAACUGAUGAUUAUGAUAUAAUUAUUUUUGAUCAAACUUAUCUUGAUACAGAAAGUUCUGAAGAUACUUUGAUUAAAAGACAGAAGGAAAGAAACAGAGAAGAAGAAACAUAUACAGAAGAGUAUAUGUGA